AUGUCCGAAAAUAGAUAUAAUAAACAAACAUUUAACCGCGAAGUUAGAAGUGAACUUCGCUUACAGGCGAGAAAUAGUGCUGCAAAUAGUAAAUCUUCAUUUGAACUCAAACCCGAAAACGAACUUCGUAUAGUAGUUGGAAAAAAUUCUGAUGUUAAAAUAGAACUCUCCAGUGGUCUGGCUGAGAUAUAUGGGUCUGAAAUGGAACUAAAUAAAAAGUAUUUUUUGUCACCAAAUUCUUUUAUUGCUGUAUUCACUUGGCAUGGUUGUGUUAUAAAACUAAGUGGAAAACCUGAAGAUGCUUAUAUUAUAACCAACACUCAAAUGAUUCUCAAUGUAGUGCUUCAUGCUUCUUUAGAAGAACACAGGCUUCAAGCUGUAGCUGAAAACAAGAAAGGGCCUGUUAUAUUUAUUGUUGGCCCAAAUGAUGUUAAUAGAAAUGCAUUAUGUCGAUUGUUGCUUAAUUAUGCUGUUCGACUGGGACGAUGUCCUUUAUUUAUAGAUCUUGAUGUAGGACAGAAUUCCAUUUCCCUUCCAAGUACCAUUGGGAUCCUCACUGUUAAGAAACCUUCCGAUAUAGUUUCUGGUUUCGAUGACCAUGCUGUUCAAGUCUACCAGUAUGGAUAUAGGAGUCCAUGGCAAAAAAUGAGGUUGUAUUCUCUUCUAGUGCAAAGACUUAGUCAAAUUAUUCAAUCACGUCUGAGACGGGCAAACCAAAAUGUCAGAACUUCUGGUGUGAUUAUUAAUGGCUGUGACUGGUCAAAAAGUGAAAUCUUACAUCAUGGAUAUGCUGCCAUCACUCUUGUAGCUAUGAAUUUUGAAAUUGAUAUUUUAUGUGUGCUGCAGGAAGAGCCUUUGUACUUACAAUUAAAAAAAGACAUGCCCUCAAGAGUGAAUGUCAUUUUUAUUCCCAAAAUGGAGGGUGAUGUUGAAAGAAAUAGGUAUGAAAAAAGUGAGGACAGAGAAGCUUGUAUUCGUAAAUAUUUCUAUGGACCUAUUAAUCAGGUUCAACCUUUUACAUUUGAAAUUAAAUAUUCAGAUAUAAAAGUAUUUAAAGUUCAAGCUAGACCAAUAAACAGGUACUCUUAUGCGCUGGAUGAUAUAAAGCAAGAUGAUCUUGAACUUAUGCCUGUACUUCUUAGCCCAAAAUUAAUCGAUCAAAUUCUUGGAUUGAGUUCUGCUGAUGAUGAGCAUGAAGAUAUAAUAUAUAUGCCAGUGAUUGGCUUCAUUUGCAUCACUGGUGUAGAUAUUGCAAGAAAUAGAAUUAGAGUUUUAUCUCCUCAGCCUAGUCCUCUUAAAAAGAAAAUUUUUUUAUUGGGAGAAACCAGAAUUAAGAAAUGCCAUUAA